CGUCGUGCGCUGCGAUCGCGCGCGAGGUGCUCCCGUCGCCGCCCGGCCAUGUGUCAUGUUUUCAUCACAGAGGGAACUGUCAACUUCCGUGCUCUACUCCGCUGGAGAUGAAUGACUAGCUGGCUCUCGUACCACGAUUAGUGCGGGGUAGUUUCGCCGACCCUGCGGAAGGACAGCUUUCGCCGAGUGACUAGUUUUUCUCGUAAGCUCGUGGCCGUUGACACUGCAGCGUGCGGAUCCCGCAGUGCGCGAGUGUGUGGUUAAUUGGCGACCAUAAGGACGACGUCAGCUGAGACGCGUAAACAUUGGCAUUGGUAGUUUAACUGACGGCCGGCGUUGGCCGCUGAGGAUGAUGGCUACUUCGGCUGUAUCUUGAGCCUAGAACUUUGUAACCCACCGGUUCUAAGAAGGAUUCCAUCAUGAGACGCUUAAUCUUAUUACUGCUAACAGGAACGGUGCUCGCUGUGGAAGUUCACUUCGAGAACAAAGACAGCGGCUUCUUCCUGAAGCACACGGCGCGGUGGAGCGGCGCGGGCCCACCGCCCGAGCCCAUGGGCACGGCGCUGCCUGGCGCACUGCUCUCGCUCGACCGCUUCACCGUGCUGCAGGGCUCCGCGCCCGCCUCCGUGCGAGCCACCUACGGCCCUUUCUCCACAAAACAAACGGUGCCGGCCAGAUAUGCGGUUCCAGAUCCCUUGGAGCCACCUCGCAGGAAUGCCACUCUCCUGGAACUACAGGACGCGACAGCGCACAGGCUGGACGUGUCGGCACAUCUCGUGUUCCGUGAGCUGCCCCGCGAUGCGCCCGUGCUGCGCGUGUUGUUCCACACGGGCGGGGAAGGCGGUGCACGGCGGGCGGCCGCCCGGCCCCGGCGUGUGUGCAUCACGCUUCACGCCACGUUCGGCACGAAAACUUUGACCGCGACAUGCGGGCCUGAAGGCGAGGAGGGCGCAUGCCUGGCGGAGCUGACAGUGCCGGCGGCGUGGUGGCCCGCCGACGGGAAGGGCAAACGCCCGCCGCGGACCGUGCGGCUGGCAUACAGUGCGGCGGAGGCCAGCGGCGGGGAGGGCGGGGAGAGCGCGUGCGGCCGCGUGUCGGUGCAGCCAGCGUGGCCGCUGGGCACGGUGACGCUGGCGGGCGCGCGCGCCGGGUACCGCGAAGCGCGCGCCGGUGACGCCGCGCUGCUGCUACCCCGCGCUCCGCUCUACCCACACUCCCGGCUACAUCUGCCCUUUGUCGUCCGUCGAGAUGCUAGUCAUACUAUCGGACACGUUGUUAUCAGGAUGAAGGUGAAGUCUGGGCUACGGCUGGUGAGCGUGACGGCUGCGAACUCGCGCUGGGCAGUCACUGCGGAGGUGAAGGCCCGUGCCGCUACCGUCACUGCCACCAGGCUGGAGCAGCCGCUGCGAGAUGACGACGGACUCGAUACGCAAGAAGAAGAAGGCAGUGGCGCUGGUGGUCCAGGAUGGGAAGAAGUGCUUACCUGGCUGGUGGAAGUAGGUGCAGAGGGCGAGGGAGAAGCGGAAGCCUCUGAGGGGGAAUCCGGUCGCGGGACGGCGCGCCUCAGCUGGUCAGCCAGAGUGUCUGCAGCCCCGACAACUACGGUCACCACGGAGGAACCACCUCACGAACACAGAGUCAAUACUAGGCUGGACAUUGAGAAGGAUGACAUACAAGCCGUGCUGCCUAUAUCUAAGAACUGGGAGGUGCUGAACACGGCGGUGCUGACGGGGCGACAGGUGUCGCAGGCGAUGAAGGUGCUGAUCGUGUCGCAGGCGGGCCAGGUGGCCGAUGUCACGCUGCAGAGCUCCUGCCACUCCGAGGACGAGAGCGUGCUCAAGGUGUCAUCAUCGUGCAGUUCAGUGUACGUGGACGGGUCCGAGAUCCGCGGCUCGUCUAACGCGUCGGUGAUCGUCAAGUAUGGCACGUACACGGGUCUAGCUCGCUUCACCGUCUGGAUGCCCGAGUACCCGCUCGAAGUUGACGUCGACGACAGUCGCCUUUCGCAAAUCAAAGGUUGGAGGGUAUCUGACGAUGCAAGUUCCAAGGACCGGAUGAAGCGGUCGCUGUCUGCGCGAGGUUGGGGCGGAGCGCGGCCUGACAACACCAACUCAUUGACGGACCAGCGCUCCUGUAGGAUGCGGUACCAGCAGAGCAAUGUUGAGGUAUUCGCCCGUUUCUUGGCGAAGGACCACGACUCAGGGCGCGUGUCGUAUUUCGUGUCGCGUCGCACGUGGCUCAAGGUGACAGAACUAGUGUUGUCCCUGAUGCGCGUGGCAGACCCCCGCAUAGCCUCGCUGCGAGGCAAAGUGCUGCAAGGACGCACGCCGGGUCGAACCGAGGUGCAAGUUCUUUCGCCUAUUACCGGUGCGCGUUUGACGACAUACUUUGGCACAGGUCGGGUGAUCGGACUACGGGAAGUGCGGGUGAUGAACGACAAAGUGUCCAUAUCCCGUCUGUUGGUGAGAGUCAUCUCUGGAUUGCAACUGAACAUCUCACCGGACACUGCCAUUGAGAAUGGAUACGUGUCUGAAACUACCGUCACUAGAAGAUUGACUGCACAAUAUCAGGAGGGUCUCCUGGACAUCGACAUAGAGUUCUCGGACAAGAGCCGCACGGCGCUGCGCGACGUGGCCGUGUCGGACUACUACCUGGUGGUGGAGAGCCUCGACCCCGAGGUGGUCGCCUUUGCGCCCAUGCUGGCGUCCAAGCACCCGCGCGUCAUCGCCGUCGGAGAAGGCAGCGGCGAACUGCUCCGCGUGACGCUUCUAACCCCAGAACAAUGUCGCUCCGGGCCUAUCCGCCGAGUAGCAUUACCUGGUAAAGGCGACACAAAAACCCCGGCGAAUAUAAAGAAUAUCCCUGGCGCACUGGCCACGGCCGCUGCUAGUGUGGAUGUAGACUUCAGUGGGGGAGACGCCCCGCAGAGGCCGGACACGCCGCAGAAUGACGAUAUAAUGGCGCGUGGGGGGAUCAGGAACGGAAUGAACGAUCUUAGCGAUGUUUUGAAAGCAUUCUCGCCGUUCAAGGACGAGAACAACCACGAGCCAACAGUGCAAGCGCAGCAAUACGGUUCAAUAUUCCGCAACUCCCCGGCGCACACCCGACACCAACAGCCGCAUAGCAACUCUAUCUCUCCGGUUGAAAUAGGAAUGUACGUUUUACUUGGAGCAUUCUGCUUUGCAAUAGUGGUAUUCGUAGUAUCAUGCGUGGUGUAUGCAUCUCGCCUGAAGCCAACGGGCGAAGUAGGCGCGGUGACUGGCGCACGCGCCAUACCAGGCGUAGCUGAAGGAGGCAGGUUGCAAGUGGCUGGCCUGGUCGGAACCACUCUGGGUCUCGCUAGGGAGAAACCCAACCGGGAGUCUACCACCAACGCCCAUGAUUGGGUCUGGCUGGGCCGAGCAACAAUCGAGCGCAACGGCAACCGUCACCCAGCCAACCGCAACUCGACGCAACCAGACAACGGCAACGAGAUGCGUAUAACCGCCAACCCGCUCAACUACAACUAUGUCGACCCCGACGACGCGAUCCGAGAAAACGGCAACGUAAUGGUCACCAGCUUCGACAACCCUAACUCCAUCGAGCUUCCAUCGCAGAACGACCGUCGCAUCGACUCCACCACCUACUGUAAAAAGCCCUCGAGGCAUGCUCGGCAACAAUCGGGCGAUGGACAUUGGCAACCCGAGCCCGGCGACGAGUACCGCCCCCCCGUGCCGCCGCACCGCGCCCCCGCCUCCGCCCCCGCGCCCGCCGCGCACCCACACGUGCCCGUGCCGCCACGGAACCCCAAAAUUUUGCCCGAGGUGGUCAUGCCCCCUACGCGCCGCAGCCACUCUCGCAGCCACCACAAGAAGUAUGACCGCGACCAUGACCGACGAUCCCCGGACAACGCCCGCCGCCCAGACCGAAUUAUUGAUCUAAACAAAAUCGACGCCCCUUACGUAUCGAGCCGAGACAUGAAGGAAUACAAACGCGAUUCAAACCCGCCGCUAGAGAACCCGGUAGAACAACUGACGAACAAGGAGGACUGCGCACGCCUGUUCGAGUUCGAUAACGAUGCCCCGUUGAUUAUGGAAAAUAAGGACUAUCGCGAGAUUGUGGCGCUCAACAGAGGUACCGAUGACUCCCGACGCACCUUCGCCAAGCCCCAAAGCCCGGACUACAUGCAUGAUUCUGGAAUAGGCCUUCCCGAAGUACAGAUGAGGCAUAAGAAUAGAUCCAAAGAAUCCAAUCACAAAGGAGAUUUCGUCGAGACUUCCAACCAGAACAAAGGUGAGAGCAGUUCGCCAGAGGUAAAGCGCGCCACAAUAGUAGGCAACCCGAUGUACUCGCGCGCGGGCGCGGGGGCGGGCGCGGGCGCGGAGGCGGCAGCGGGCGCGGAGCUGGACAUGGACGAGUUGCAGAUGGACUACGAGCAGAUCAUGCACUAUUUCCACAACCUCAAGGUAUAAUCGCCACUCCCGUCCCACCACGCUUCUAGUGUAGAUGUUGCUGUCGCUUGCAUCGUACCGCGGCGGUCCUAUCCUACUUACACUAUCUCGAUGUUCGAUGUACUCUCUUAUGAAUGAUAGAGCCUAAAUUUUGAUGCAUUUAAAAUGAUUAUAGUAUAGAUUUUAUAUGGGUACCUACGUUUUAUAUGAAUAUACAAAUUAUGCCGUGCAGUAUUAAAGACGCUAUUGAUAUGUAUUAAGAUUCACUCGAUAUAAGUAUCCAUUGGUCACAGCUGUGCAGCAAAUCGAUUUCUAAACUUCUGCCUGUACACUUUACUACACUUUCACUUCGACUAAACUCUCAUUCAUUUCAUGUACCAAAGCUAGAUAUCUCACUAUCCUAGAACGUAGCGUGAAAUUCACUAUCUAGCAAAUCUUAGAGUUGAAAUUUUGCUUCAAAAUCUGACUGACGUCUAUUUUCAAAUUUUUCGCAGGAAUCAAACGCCUGAGUAGAGCAGAUCAUUGCAAAGAUCCGGCAGAUAUUGUCAACGUUUAAAUAUCAGCAUAUCAUCAAAGCUCCGCCAAUCGACGUAUACAAUGUCCCCGCUGAUACGUCCGGGGCGGCCGCGCCCGAGGAUAGUACUAUUGACACACACAACAAUAACUCUUAUUCGAACACCACCGACGCGCACAUUUACGAAAAUAUUAGCAACGGUAACAUCGUAGCGCCGACCAAAAUGCUCUGCGAAUCCAUCGCGCACAAAAAUAAUUUCAUGAAAACUCAACUGAAAUUCUUAUUGGAGCACUUAAGCGAGCCAUACGAAUAAAUUGUUGUCAGCGGUCAAGGUAUUAUCCUCAGACGAUACAAUAUGUGUCUAAUGUGGAUCCUUGCAGUGAUCAGAAGCGAAAAUAUACAACUUGUAUCUGUUUUAUACUAAAUAUCGUUAAACGUAUUUACUCUAGUCAUCUACAAAGCUGCACAUAUUUAAGUACCUAAUUAAUAAUGCAUAAAUUGUGUGCAUGUAGUUAAUACUCAUAAUGUCAAUGAUUAUACUAGAUUACGAUAUAAUAUAUACAUGCGAUGUCUGUAUAUUGUUAAAUGAUAUCAUCUAAUAAUGGGCUAAUUUUAUUGAAGAAAACUAUAUCUGUCUCUAAAGUUUAAGCCUUCAGCCAUCGCUACAAUUGUAAUAAUCUCAAACCAAAUAUAUAAAGUUUGCAUUUCGCCCUAGAUCUGUAAAUAUCUUUCCACUAGAAGGUAAAAACGCUACCUCACUUUUAUCUUAACUUAUUAUAGCUUAUCUAAUACCUAAAUUGUUGUACCUUUACUUUCUAUGGGAAACAUUGGAGUUCAUUCCAAUAACAUGGCAAUUGAUUUAAGUUAUUUUUCCAGGCAAACAUUUUAGUUAUUUAAACGUGAAAUGAAAUAGAUGUUAAGACUGCAAAAUGCCAGUGUUUAGGAAACUAAUCAUAGUUUAGUAAGAGUAGUAUAAGACACAGAACUAGUCAAAUUUGUAAUUGAGCUAAUUACUUGCUCAAGCCUAUUCUCUAACGAAAUUCAAUAUUUGUAAAUGUGAAGCUUUCCGGCUUGAUAACGUUCCUGUAAUACCACCGUUAAUUUUAUAAGUUCCAUUGGAGUAAGAACAAAAUAAUGUUAUUUGGUCUGCAACAACUUCUCCAAAAUAAUAUCCGUACUCAAAUUAUGUUAGAAAAAGUUGUUGCAAUAGGAAUUAAUGUUCAAGAUAUUAUAAUGAAGUAUCUACCUGCAACAAGUGUAAGAACUAGACAAUAGUUUGAUAAACUUGUGAUAAAAUGACUGCUGAAGAUUGAUUCAGAAGUAAUCAAUCUUAAAAGAGCCAUAUCAUAUACGAAAUCUAGCGCUUGUAUGAUAUUGUAAACAUUAUAUUAAUUUAUUGACAAUGUAAAUUGCAUUUACUGUAAGUUAGAAUCUUAGGCUUUGUAAAUAUUGUUAUGAAGUUAUAUAAUUUAUAGGUAUUGUGAAGAAGACAGUGCAGAAAUAGGAAAUAAAUGUGGUAGAGUUGCUUAUGGACAGAGUAGAAUUGCACAUAAUAAUGAAAUGUUUCAUGUCUGUUACAGUUGUACACUAAAUAGUAAAUGUUUUGAUCUUGUAA